GGCGGCGGCGGCGCGCGCGCGCGGCGGGCGGAGGGAUCCGUUCCCAUGGCGACGCCCGGCCCCGGCCCGUAAACCGCGGCCCGCCUCGCCGUCCCGCCGCAGCUCCCCUCCCUCCCGUCCCCUCCGUCCCCUCCCCUCCCUCCCUCCCCUCCCCUCCCCUCCCCCGGCCCGCACCCCCGCCCGCUUCCCUCCGCAGGUGCAGCAGGCCGGCCUCGUGCGCGCCCGCCGCCGCCGUUCUGCCCGGGUCCCGGCCUGGGCGGCGCUCAGUGAUGCCCGGGGUCCGGCACAGGUGAGGUCCUCCUAAGAAAGCACCACCUCGGGCCGUGCUGCGGGACAGGCCGGAGGCAGAGCCACAGCGCCGCGGAGAUGGCCCUCACCGUCAGGAAGAGAGACAGCAAGAGCCAGGACUUCUCACUCCGGCUCAGCAAAAGGGAGAACGAGAAGGAAGAGCGCUUCGAAGACGCCUUCGAAGUCAUCCCUGCCGCGUCCACCAUGAGCCUGCGCUCCUCCCUGGAGGAGUGCACCACGGGCCUCUACUUAUUCCUCAAUAACAGGUUCUCGGAGGCCCUAAACCUCAUCUCCCCGUGGUCCAAAAGCAGCCUGUACCACGCGAUCAUGUACGGCAUCCUGAUGGUGGUCAAGUCCGCCCUGACCCUGGACCCGCAGGACAUAGAGGCGGGCAGCACGGCUGCGAAGGACGCCUUGAGGACCUGCUACAGUUUCCGCAGGAAGUCGUGGGUGAGCCUCUACCGGCUGGUCAGAAGGCAGGGCUCGCAGGCCGUCCCGGAAGAGGAGCUGCACGCGGACGUGUGCUACGCCGAGAGCCUCAUCCUGAAGGCGGCCGUCACGUUCAUCCAGGACGACAGUGUGCUCGGCUACCUCCGCAGCGGGCUGGCCAUCAGCUCCAGCUACCAGAUCUACAAGGACUGCCAGCAGACACUCACCCGGACGCCCAGCGGCCAGAGCAAGACCUACAAGCACCUGGUGGGCGGCAUCAAGUUUGGGGUGGGCGUGUUCAACCUGCUGAUGUCCCACGUGCCCCCCAAGCAGCUGAAGCUGCUCAACGUGGUGGGCUACUCGGGGAACCGAGAGGUGGGGCUGGCCCUGCUCUGCGAGAGCGCCACCGAGUCCCACAUCAACAGCGUCCUGAGCGCACUCAUGCUCCUCUUCUACCACGGCUACGUGCACGUGUCUUUCGGCAUGGGCAAGGUGUCCAGCCCGGCGGCCGAGCGCCUCCUCCUCCUCCACAGCCAGCGGUUCCCCAACUGCGUCAUCCUCAAGUUCUUCCACGCCCGCUUCUGCAUGCUCGCCGGAGAGUUCGCGGAGGCGCAGCUGAAGCUGCACGAGUGCGUGUUCGUGCAGAGCGAGUGGAAGCACGCCCGGCACCUCUGCUACUGGGAGCUCAUGUGGUGCGACAUCUUCCUGCAGAACUGGAAGCAGGCGUUCCAGUACGCCCGGCUCCUCUUCCAGCAGAGCCGCUGGUCCAAGGCCAUCUACUCCUACAGCAAGGCCGCCAUCCUGGCCCUGCUGCCCUCCGAUUUCGCCAGGCUGGUCAGCGAGGACGCCAGCUCGCUCUUCUUGAAAGUGGAGUCUCUGAGGAUCAAAGUGUUGGGAACGUCUGUGCCCGUGGAGAAGUUUAUUGCCGUGAAGGGCCAGCGCUACGGGUCGACCACGGGCUGGUACCCGGCCCAGCCCAUGCUGGAGUUCCUCUACGCGUGGAGCGGCUUCCGCGUCAUGAGCAAGAAGCUGGACCUCAUCUCCAGCUGGCUCAUGAUCAUCGACAAAGGGGAGGUCCUGCUUCGGGAGAGGGCCCACACCGAGUACUGGGCCGACGACAUCACCCUGCUCUACCUGCUCAAGGGCCUGUGCCUCAAGCACCUGGGCAAGUACUUGAUGGCUGAGCAUUACUUCAACUCUGUCCUUCAGAGGGAGAAACUGUUGAAAUAUGACCACUACUUGGUGCCCUAUACCUACUACGAGCUGGGGAUCCUCUACUACCUCAAAGGAGACAGUGCCAGUGCCGCAAAGAGCCUGGACAACGUCAAGAACUACCGCGACUACUCCAUGGAGAGCCGACUGCAGUUCAGGGUUCACAUAGCCUUUGAGCAGAUCUUCAAAGAGUUGUGAUUGAGGCACCAAGUCCAUCUGGCUCGCGGUGAGCAGAGCCGUCUGCCUCGAGCAAGGCGGUUAGCAGGGAAAGUCGUUUCUGUGUCGACGAGCUCAAGGAAAGACUCCCACUUAGCGUGCCGGCCACGGCGAAUAAGGAACGAGCCACCUGCUGCCCCUCUGUCCCUUUCCCUCCCCAUAAAACAGCCCGUCCUGGCGCAGCAGCGUGGUAGAGUGCAUUCUUGGCGGAAAGCGCAGACGGGGCACCUUGGCAGCAGCCCCCCUGUGUGUUAUCUCAGAGAACGUUUUCCCAGCCCUCCCCCCACUGUUUUUUUUCUUUUGCUUUUUGGGUCACACCUGGUGAUGCACAGGGGUUACUCCUGGCUUUGCACUCAGGAAUGACUCCUGGCAGUGCUUGGGGGACCAUAUGGGAUGCCGGGGAUCGAACCUGGGUCGGCCGCGUGCAAGGCAAACGCCCUACCCGCUGUGCUAUCGCUCCGCACCCCCCCCCCCCCCACUUUUUGUUUUUUGCUCUUUGAGUCACACCCGGCAAUUCUCCGGAGUUCCUCCUGGCUCUGCACUCAGAAGUUACUCCUGGUAGUGCUCAGGGGAGCAUACGAGAUGCUGGGGAUCAAACCCGGGUCAGCUGCGUGCAAGGCCAACCCCCUCCCUGCUGUCCUAUGGCUCCGGCCCCUUUUCCUCCACUUUUUUCUGUAGUUCCUGUGUUGGAACCCAGGCCUUCCUCUAUGCUGCUCACCUGCUCUGCUGCUGAACGUCAUGGUCAGUCCUUAUGAAAAUACUGGGAGGGGAGCUGGAAGGAGAGUACAAUGGGCCGGGUGCUCGCCCCGCACACGGCCAACCCCGGGGGCGAGCGCUGGUCCUCUUUAUGGUCCCCCGAGCCCCCUAGGAGCCAGCCCCGAGCAUCACUGGGUGGAGCCUCCGAAACAGGAGUCUCUUGGGAGGCUGGAGGGCCAGUACAGCAGGGCAGGUCUUGCCUGGCAUGUGGCUGACCCAGGUUCGAUCCCCAGCACCCCGUAUGGUCCCCCACAUCCUACUAGGACUGAUCCCUAAGUGCAGAGCCAGGCGCAAGCCCUGACCUGGCCCAAUGGGCAUGGCCCCCAAAAGUGUUUUUCGGGCUACAGUGCUAGCUCAGCGGGCUGCAUGGCUGCUCGGUACGUGAGCCACCUGGUCUCAGCACCCUGUGGUCCUCCAGGCACUGCCAGGUAUGACCGAAAACAGAAAAAACAAAAUGUUCCAUCAAUCCGCUAGAGAUCACACACAUCGGGCAAAUGACACCGGAAUACCCCAUUUGGGAAUCUCAAUGCCCGCGUGGGUCUGAUUUUGGUUUCUGGUUGGAGGUACCCCUGGCAGUGCUCUGGCCAUGCCUGGCUGUCCUGGGUUCAAACUACCGUUCUGGCUGCAGCCUCCCACAAGGCAAAUGCCUUCACCUCAGCACCCCUCUCCAACCUGCUUGUUCUUCAAAGAAUAAGUCUUUAAGACUUGACUUCUCCAAAUGAUGUGGGCUUGAGAUAAAACAGCAGAGGGCAUUUGUCAUAGCUGACCCGCUUUCUGUCUCUGGCACCCUGUAUGCGCCCCCUGAGCCCUAGGAGAAUCCCCGAGCACUGUUGGAUGUGGCUUACGAACAUGCUUUUAGGUGCUGAGUCAUCCCCGUGAGGUCGCUGGGCUGUCAGAGGGCUAAGAGGGCAGGUUUUGACUGGCGCCACACCCCAGCUCUGCCACCGUCUGGCCUUGGGCCUCUGGGCCCGUUUCCUGAGCCGUCAAUAGGGACGCUAGUUCCUAUGGCAUGAAGCAACCCACGACACUAGGUAGAGCAGCAGACAUUGUCCUUCCUUGCUGAGAAUUUCAUUGCUUUCUUAGGAAAAGCCAAGGUCCUUUGUCACCUGUUUUGCCAACCUAAAAUCUGAUGUUACUUAAAUUCCCGAUCCCUUGUGACAUCAAUAACUCUCUACUUCC